CAGUCAACUGUUGGAUCGCAACGAAAUGGUUUUUCUCUUUGGCUGAAAAAAAUAUGAAUUAGUAAAACUUGUACAUAUAAAUAAGUAAUCGAAUUUGAAAAUUAAACAAUUAUGGCUACGAGAAAUUUAACGGAACCUUUUAUUUUAAUGAGAAAUAAUGCUCUUCAGAGCAAACAUAUUUAUGCCGAGCAGAAUUUAUCAGAUAGGACAGCUCUAGUUAAUUUGGAUUCUAUACAUGCUGAUAAUGUUGAAUUAACGAAUAUUAAUUUGAGUGAUUCAACUCCACCGGUUUGGACAGAUGCACUAGAAGAAACACAAUAUAUCCUUAGUAGAUUAAGAAUUAAAAUAGAUAGUUUAAUUGAAUUACAUGCUAAACAAUUAACUAGACCAACUCUAGAUGACACAUCACAGGAAGAAAGACAGAUGGAAAAACUAUCUCGUGAGAUAGGACGUACAUUUGCCAAUGGCUAUCGUCAAGUACAAACCAUAAAAACUGCGGCAAGACAGGAAACAAAAUCUGCUCAACGGCAUCUCGCUGUAAAUGCAGUAAUGGCGCUUUCUUCUGCCUUGCAAGAAUUAGGAAUACGUUAUAGAUCUGCUCAAAAUCAUUAUUUAACACAAAUUAAGUCUAGAGAAGAAAGAAGUAAUCAAUUCUUUAGCGAAGAUAUGGCAUCUGCUUCCUGGUUAAUGGAAUCUAAUGAUUCUAAAAUUGAUUACUGGGAAGAAGAUGAACAACGACAAGAAUCUGUUCUCCUACACUUGGAAGAUCCAGAGGAAAGGUUAAAAGUAGCUGUAGAAAGAGAACAGCAAAUUGGAAACAUAGUUCAAAGUAUUGCAGACCUAAAAUAUAUAUUUAAGGAUCUGGCAAAUAUGGUACAGGACCAAGGUACUGUUUUAGAUCGGAUUGAUUACAAUAUUGAACAGACACAAGUACAAGUAUCCGAAGGUUACAAACAAUUAAAAAAGGCUGAUUCCUAUCAAAAAGCUAAUAGAAAACUUUAUUGUAUAGUUAUUUUGGCAUCUGCUAUUAUUUUACUUCUUUUUCUAUUCGUUGUAUUCAAAACAUAAACUAUAGUGUUCACGCACACAUAUAAAAUUUCAUUAGUAUUAAAUAACUCAUUGUUAUUUAUUAACAUGUUUUCCAAUUUAAGUGCUUAUAUGUAAAAAAUGUGUAAAAAUGGUUAAAGUGAUACAUAAUCAUAAAAAAAAGUAUCUCCCAUAGGAUUCAAAGAAUAUUUUUUAACAUAAUAUAUAAACCUAUGUAAAACAGUUAUUACAAAAUAAUGAAUUACUAAAAAAUAAUCCUAACUGUGAAUAUUGAUAAUAAUGCUUACAAUGGCCUUUAAAAAAAAUAUUAAUGUAUGUCACAGUAUAUUGAUAUAUUUUCAUUCACACAAUACAUAAAUGGCCGAAAUAUUUGAGAAUAAUACCAAUUUUAUAUAUAUUAGGUCUACCGGAAAGUUCUGUUCGAUAAUGUCAUCUCAAGUUUCAACACAUACGAACGUGUUCGUUUGAAGCAUAUAUGGCUGCCUUUUUUCACUACUGUAAAUGGUAAAAAGGUCAUUAGUAACAAUAGAAAUAAUAUUGCUGAAUUAAUAUUUUCUCUUUUUAUAUUUUCUCCUAAUUGAGAAAUGGACAGAACUUUUCGAAAGUAUAUAACAAAACUAAAAAUAAUGUUCUGGAAUUAUACUAAUUCAAUCCUAUAGAUAUAUAUAAUUAUAGUUUCACCUUGAAAAUUCAAAUAAUUUUAUUAUGUUACUGUCAUUCCACACACACACACACACACAUACACACAGAGAAUACAAUUAAAAAAUAUAAUAAAUAUUUAUUUAUUAUAUGUGUAUAUUUUAUGUACAUUUGACAUGUUGUACAGGUAUUCUUAUCAAAUAAGAAAUAAUAUUACCAUGUAUUUGCCCAUUAUUCAAUUAUCAAAUGCAUUUUUAUUUAAUUUUAUCGGUGAAUU